CUCUCUGCUCGGCUGCUGAUUUGGGACACAGCCGGACUCGAGUUACUCCAUCACAGUGGCAGAAGAUGGCGACUGCUGAACCGGAAGUGACCCCGAAUACAUCGAAUUCAGAAGAAGAGCAGAGCGAUGCUACUGGCCGAGAAAUUGUGAGUCCUGAAGAUUACAUCAAACAUCCGCUACAGAACAGAUGGGCUCUGUGGUUCUUUAAGAACGACAAAAGCAAAACCUGGCAAGCCAACCUGCGACUCAUCUCAAAGUUCGACACAGUUGAAGACUUCUGGGCACUUUACAAUCACAUCCAGCUAUCGAGUAACUUAAUGUCCGGAUGCGAUUACUCACUUUUUAAGGAUGGUAUCGAGCCCAUGUGGGAGGAUGAGAGGAAUAAACGCGGCGGACGCUGGCUCAUCACUCUGUCCAAACAGCAGCGCAGAGCUGAUUUAGAUCGCUUCUGGCUCGAGACGCUCCUGUGUCUGGUGGGCGAAGCGUUUGAUGAUCACAGCGACGACGUGUGCGGCGCGGUCGUGAACGUCCGAACGAAAGGAGACAAAAUCGCAAUAUGGACGACAGACUACGAGAACAAAGACGCGAUCAUACACAUAGGGCGUGUGUAUAAGGACAGGUUAGGCGUUCCCCCUAAAGUCAUCAUCGGCUACCAGUCCCAUGCAGACACGGCCACGAAGAGCGGCUCCACCACCAAGAACAAGUUUGUUGUCUGAAAACUGCAGCAGUCCUGUUUAAAUAAGGAAUAAAAAUAAAUAAAUAACUAAAACUUCAUCUAACAGCAAAGUUGACGAAUCGAAACGUUCUUGUUGAACAUCUUUUACAGGAUGUUGUGGAAAAAUUUUCGGACAUUUAUUCAUAAUAUUAAAAAAAAUGGUGUCUUAUACAACUGUACAGUGUAUAAAUGCAAGACCAUGUGAUUGUUUUUGUUUUCUUUAUAUUUUCCCACUUUUUUUUUUUUUUUUUUAAAUGUCAUUAUUACGUAUUAUUCAUUGAGAAAUGAGGCUUAAUCUCAUCGUGUUGUUUUGAGUGUUCAUUUCAUUUUUUUAAAAAAAACCUUUUGUUAAUUUUUUAAAAAAUGUUACACUUAUGACUCUUGCUAUAUACUACACUUUCAAGCUAAUUUAUUUCUGUUUUUUUUUUUUUUUCUUCUCAUUUCCAUUUUAGUUCAUUUUAGAGCGAUAUUAAUUCGGGUGUUAUGUGUUGUUAUAACGCAUUGCAUUUUUGUUUACUUUCUUUGCCGUGUUGUACAUCUGUGUGUGGUUUUUGUUCUACAUUUCACUGUUAAAUGAUAAAUGAUUAUAAAAAGCGAGUUUGGAUGACUCCUGACUCCAAUUCAAAGGUUUGAGUGAUUUACAGAAACAAAAAAAAAUAAAGGAUAAAGAUGAUUGUAUGAGCAUUGUAUAAGAAAUGAGUGUAAAUAAAUUUGUACAGUGCAUUGUCUUAA